UCACAUAUCCUUCACCACCACUUAACCCGGAAAACAAAACAUAGAAACAAUUCGGAAAAAAAAAAAAAAGAAUUAUCUCAAUUGAAGCAAAAUGGUUUUGUCUUGGACAAGGGGGAGAGUUUUCCGUCGGGCCCGUAAAGGGAAAGAGUUGAAUUCCGGUGGUGAUUUGGAGAUAGAAAUUGCUAUCCCCACCCACUUCCGAUGCCCGGUUACUCUUGAUUUGAUGAAAGAUCCUGUGACACUGUCCACGGGAAUAACCUACGACCGAGAAAGCAUUGAGAAGUGGAUUGAAGCAGGGAACCACACGUGCCCGGUUACCAAGAGAGAGUUGACCAGCUUUGACAUGAUCCCAAACCAUGCCAUUCGGAGGAUGAUUCAGGAUUGGUGUGUUGAAAACCGUUCUUAUGGGAUUGAAAGGAUCCCCACUCCUCGUAUACCCGUCACUCCGUACGAGGUUACCGACACGUGUACGAGGAUCCUGUCGGGUGCGGAAAACGGUGAUGAAAACAAGUGUGUGGAAUUGGUGAGGAAGAUUAAGGCUUGGGGGAAAGAGAGUGAGAGGAAUAAGAGGUGUAUUGUGGGCAAUGGUGCUGCUCUUGCGCUGGCUAAGGCUUUUGAUUUUUUCUCACGUGGGUCGGUUGAUAAGCACGUGGGUGUUUUGGAGGAGAUUUUGGGGGUGUUGACAUGGAUGCGUCCUCUUGCCGAAGAGGGUAGAUCCGUGUUGGGGUCAGUGAAUUCUGUUAGUUGCAUGGUUUGGUUUUUGAAUGGUGAACAAGUUUAUACCAGGCAAAGUGCUGCUUUGUUGCUUAAGGAAGUGCAUGUUGAAGCGUUGGUGAAAAGUGUUGGUGUUGUUGAGGCUUUGGUUAAGAUGAUUAGGGAGCAUGUUGGGAGUGUUGCCACAAAGGCAUGUUUGUCAACGGUUUUUAACAUGGUUUCCUCGUUAGAGAAUAGAGAUGGAGUUUCUCAAAGGUUUGUGGAAUUGGGUUUGGUUUCACUCUUGUUGGAGGUUCUUGUUGAUGCGGAAAGGGGGGUUUGUGAGAAAGCUUUGGGGGUGUUGGAUUGCAUUUGUGAUUGCAAACAAGGGGUGGAAGUUGCGAAGGCAAAUGCUUUGACUUUGCCUCUUGUGAUUAAGAAGCUGUUGAGGGUGUCUGAGUUGAGUUCUAGUUUUGCUGUGUCGAUUCUUUGGAAGGUUUGUGACAAGACGGAGGAAGGAGUGUUGAUUGAGGCACUUCAGGUUGGGGUGUUUCAGAAGCUCCUUGUUUUGUUGCAAGUGGGUUGUGGUGAGGGCACGAAGGAGAAGGCCACUGAAUUGUUGAGAUUGUUGAAUGGUUAUAGGAGCAAGGCAGAAUGUGUUGAUUCAUCGUUGGAUUUCAAGCACUUGAAAAACCCUUCUAAUUGAUCCAUUAGCUAGGGUGAGAUUUGAUUUGGUUUCCCUUUUUUGUAUAGGUCAUGUCAUAGAAACUCAAUACACAUUUGUACAAAGACAGUCUCAUAGAAGACACAAAUUGUAUCCCUAACAUUCAAUUGAAGUUUUGAGAUUCAUUCUUUUUUCGGGUAUUUUAGAUUUGAGUCAUACGGGCAUGCUAAGGGCUUGUAGUUGUAUGCUUAUAAUUCAUAAAUUCAGAACUCAGUAGAAGAAACUGUUCUGGUUUAUUUUGCAAAUUGUUCCAUUAUUUGAAGCACUAAUUAAGGAAUUCUUAAAAUACUAAAAGCGAAAUUGGUAUUUGUAAAUUAUAUGAUGCUAAUUUGUGAAUUAUGUGAUACAAAUUGUAAAUAAAUUGUGAAUUAUUUACAUCUAAGAUGUUUGCUCCAAUGGCAUAGGGUACCC